AUGCUGUUCGGGAUGGAAAUGAGUUCACUUGGACUCAAAUUGGAGAUGAUUUCAGAUUCGGUAGUUACAGGAGCUCCCAUUCUUCUCUUUAUCACGGUGAGUUUCUCGUUUCGUGAAUACAGCUCCCAUUUCUCCAUUGCUCCUGACGCUAAUGGAAAAACCUUGUAUUCACGCUUAUACGAGAGCCGCAACGCCAACACACAUUUGCUUCGAUCUACAACGAUUGCAGAGUCUGUUCCGUUUAGUUUCGACAAAAGGUCUGCUACAACGCAAGUAAAGGCUCCACCUCAGCUACAGAAAACGGGCGCCGUUAGAGUGUCGAUGGUAAGUCCUGGAUUUGUCUACGAACCCUAUGCACUCCGGGAGAAAAUCGCGUUUUGGCGGAGAUGUUUCACAAGAAGCGGUUGGCAAAGAACGAAAGAGGAUUUUAUACGGGAGCUAAGAAGUGCCUACGCUAUCGCAAAGCUAAGAAAGACUGGGUAUUCAAAGAAUAAGUUCUACAUAGAGGCACUCGAGUUAUACAAAGAGAUUAACAUUAUGAUGGCCAAUGGUGAGAAGAAGACAAUAAGGAAAAACGUGACUGAAAGGAUGUAUUCUGCACUGAAGAACGAAAUUAAACAAAGAGAAGCCAGUUGGGGUAGUGUUUACUGGGAAAUGGUUGAGCCGAUCGGCAUUGACAGGACGGACCUUAGCAAAGCAUUCAUACAACUGACACUUGAGUUUCUGACAAAGCAGAAAUUUGAAGCAUACGAUUCGAAAGGCAAUGUAGUAGCUGGAGACAAGAAGAAAGAGAUGCUUGUACGUGACAUAUGGGUCUUUGAGAAGUCUCUGUUCCAUCCAGGAGCUUGCUGGCGACUAUGUGGCCGGAUUAAAUUAUGA